GUCGCUCCACUUCCGGAUCAGACUCUGAAGCUGGGCGCCAGAAGCGUGUCGCUCGUCGGAUGACGCGGUUUUACGCCGACUCCAAGGAUCUAAGCACCGAAAGCGAGAAGACCGCAAGCGUUGACACUGGAUUUGGGAAUCUGAGCGGAGAUGGAAACCGAAAAUGAAAAGACUAUGGAAGAAAGCGCUGAAAAGAGAAAGGAAGUAGAAAAAAAGAAGCGCUCACGGGUUAAGCAGGUUCUGGCAGAUAUUGCCAAGCAAGUUGACUUCUGGUUUGGGGAUGCAAACCUUCACAAGGAUAGAUUCCUUCGAGAGCAAAUAGAAAAAUCUAGAGAUGGAUAUGUGGACAUAUCACUUCUGGUGUCUUUUAACAAAAUGAAAAAGUUGACUACAGAUGGGAAAUUAAUAGCCAGAGCAUUGAAAAGCUCAGCUGUUGUAGAGCUGGACUUAGAAGGGACCCGCAUUAGGAGAAAAAAGCCUCUAGGUGAGAGACCAAAGGAUGAGGACGAACGCACGGUGUAUGUGGAACUACUUCCCAAAAAUGUUACUCAUAGCUGGAUUGAAAGAGUAUUUGGGAAGUGUGGCAAUGUGGUUUAUAUAAGUAUACCACAUUACAAGUCUACUGGUGAUCCAAAGGGGUUUGCCUUUGUGGAGUUUGAAACAAAAGAGCAAGCAGCAAAAGCUAUUGAGUUUCUUAACAACCCACCAGAAGAAGCACCGAGAAAACCUGGCAUAUUUCCUAAAACAGUGAAAAAUAAACCCAUUCCGGCUUUAAGAGUAGCUGAAGAAAAGAAGAAGAAAAGGAAGAAGAAAAGCAGAGUAAAGAAGGAAGAUAGUAUUCAGACCAAAGAGUCAGACACAGACACAAGCAGUGUCAGCGUCUGUAAAAUUAAAAGAUCAAGGACUGCAUCUGAGGGGUCAGAAGGAGAGGCUCCUGAACCUGAGAAACACCCGGCAAAGAAAAAGAAAAAACGAGGAAGGACUGAAGUGCCCACCUUACCUGAAGUCAAAGCAGUGAAGAGGAAGAGAAGCAGCUGCGAGGACGCCGAGGGCCUACCUCCCAGACCAAAAGCCAGGAAGGCCACUCCAAAGGACAGCAGCCAAGAAGCAGCUGCCACGGUCUCCAGGGAAAGCAGAGACUUAGAAUUCUGCUCUACUGAAGAGGAGAAAGAUCCUGGAGAUGUAAAAGCCAGUUCUCUCUUAAAAGCCAAAAGGAAGCAUAAGAAAAAACAUAAAGAGAGACAUAAAAUGGAAGAAGAAGUCAUACCGUUGAGAGUCCUGUCCAAGACUGAGUGGAUUGAUUUGAAAAAAGAGUUUUUGGCACUGCAAAAAGCCAGCAUGGCUUCUUUAAAAAAAACAAUAUCUCAAAUUAAAUUGGAGUCAGAAAUGGAAACUGACUGUGAAAUACCUAGUAAGUCUGGAAUGAAAGGUGAAGAAGGGGCCAACCAUCAAGAGUGCUGUGCUCAGGAGAAGGUUAAUGCACAAGGCCCUCAGGUUGUGAAUGGAGUGAUUGUGAAGAUCAUUAGCAGAGAACCUCUACCUGGCAGGAAGCAAGUCCGGGAUACAUUGGCCACAAUCUCAGAAGUUGUUUAUGUUGAUUUGCUUGAAGGAGAUACAGAAUGUCACGCCCGAUUUAAAACUCCUGAGGAUGCUCAGGCAGUAAUGAAUGUGCAGGCUGAAGUUAAAAAGAAACAUUGCUGGAACCUCGAGCUCCUUUCCGGUGAUCAUGAACAGAGGUAUUGGCAGAAGAUUUUGGUAGAUAGACAGGCCAAACUUAACCAGCCUCGAGAAAAGAAAAGAGGCGCCAAAAAGUUAAUCACCAAAGGUGAGAAGAUUAGGCUGGCAAAGACUCAACAAGCAAGUAAACACAUUCGAUUUUCUGAGUAUGAUUAAAACUCUGGGUUUCCCUGGAUGCUUGACAGAUCCUUAGAAUGCUAGGACUAUUUAAUGAAUGUUUUUGUAAACUCUCCAUUUAAUUAAAAGAAAUACCUUUAGUCCUACUUGUAAAUAGGACUAAAUAGACUUUUUUCUAAAGACAAAUGCAUUGUAUGCCACAGUUUUUUUUUUUUUAAGUGAACACUAUUGGUUGAAAUUAUGUAAGUCAACUUCAAAGUAUUUCAUAAAUAAAUGCAUUGAACAUUA